CGAAAAGGAAAAACAAAAAAAAAAGUAAUUGGAGAGUUUCCCGUUUGUUUAUUGCUUCCUCUUCUUCUCUUCUAGUUCUUUCAAUCAAAUUGAUUUCACAGAGACGCCAUAAACGAAGAGCAAUUCCAGUUUUUCUCUACGAGGAGAGGAGAGGAAAGGAAAGGAAAAAGAGAGAGAAGAAAAUGAAGACUUCUCUUAGAAAGCUACGAGGGUUUGCACUUCACAGACACGGAGACCCUUCCAAGGACCGUACGGAUCUCCGCACUCCGCCUCAAUUAGACCACCUAACUCAAGCUUCUCAGGACAUGGAGGACAUGAGAGAUUGCUAUGAUAGCUUACUUUCUGCUGCCGCAGCAACAGCUAAUAGUGCUUAUGAAUUUUCGGAGUCAUUGCGGGAAAUGGGUGCUUGCCUUCUUGAGAAAACUGCAUUAAAUGAUGAUGAAGAGAGUGGUAAAGUUUUGCUUAUGCUUGGAAAAAUGCAAUUUGAACUACAGAAACUUAUCGAUACCUAUCGUUCUCAUAUAUUCCAAACAAUCACAGUCCCAUCAGAGUCCCUUCUCAAUGAACUUCAAACAGUCGAGGAGAUGAAACGACAAUGCGAUGAGAAAAGAGAUGUAUAUGAGCACAUGGUAGCUACAUACAGAGAAAAGGGGAGAGCAAAAGGUGGGAGGGGAGAAAGUUUUUCUGUACAGCAGCUACAAGCUGCUCACGAAGAAUAUGAUGAGAAGGCAACUCUCUUUGUCUUUCGUUUGAAAUCUCUUAAGCAAGGUCAAUCCAGAAGUCUUCUUACACAGGCAGCUAGGCACCAUGCCGCUCAGCUGUGCUUCUUCAAGAAAGCUCUAAAGUCACUUGAAAUUGUCGAGCCACAUGUGAAAUCAGUCACUGAACAGCAACAUAUUGAUUACCACUUCAGUGAACUUGAAGAUGAUGAUGGAGACGAUGGUGAUGAUGUAGAGGAUGAUGAUGAUCUGCAUGAUGGGGAGUUGAGUUUUGACUAUUCACAAAAGGACCAUCAGCAACAUGAUGUUUCUACGUCUAGAAACUCAAUGGAGGAAGACAUUACAUUUCCCCGUGUUGCAAGAUUAGAAAAUUCGAAGUUGGAUCAAGAAGACAUUACAUCUCCCCAUGUUGCAAAAUUAGAAGCUUCAAAGGACAAUCUGAACAGAAGAUACAGACGGUCCUUUUCUUAUAGGGGAGAAUUCAGGCCAGCCAGCCUAUCAGCUCCGCUGUAUUUUGAAAAUAAGUCCGAUCCAUCUGAAAAGAUGAAGCAAAGGCGGCCAUCGUCAACGCAUAAGUUCAACACUUAUGUACUACCCACCCCAGUUAAUACAAAUAGUUCACAUUCUACAGGACAAGGUAAUGCGAUUCAUAAUACAUUACAAGCAAGUUUGAGCGGCCGCUCAAACAAUUUGUGGCAUUCAUCACCCCUGGUACCAAAGAAAUACGAAGAAAUGCUGGGUAACGAGAAAUCUUCGCAAUUCACUGUGAAAAGUUCGCAGUCGGUUCUCAGAGAAAGCAACAGUAAAACUGCAUCCAGUCAAGUGCCUCCACCUUUGACUGAUGGGCUCCUAAUCUCCCACCUUGAUCCACUGGUAGCUUCUGUUUCCAAAAAAAUCAAAAGACAGGCCUUUUCUGGUCCACUUAUGCAUAAACCAUGGCCUAAAACUGUGACGGUGGAGCAUCCUCAGAUGUUCUCAGGACCUCUUUUGCGCAAGCCAGUGCCUCAAAAACCAUCAGCAUCUCCAAAAGUAUCUCCAAGUGCUUUCCCUACUUUUAUGUCAUCACCCAAAAUUAGUGAGCUUCAUGAGCUGCCAAGGCCCCCUUCCAUCCCAACUUCAAAGUCUUCAAGACCGAAAGGAUUGGUUGGUCAUUCAGCUCCCUUGAUGUCCAAAGGUCAAGUUCUUCCCCAGACAAAUAAAUUAGUGGCACCAAAUGCAGCAUCUCCACUGCCAACCCCUUCUCCGGCCACGACUUGCAGUUUCUCCAUACCUUCAAGCAGUCCUAUGGAGACUACAAUGCAGGUGCCCAAAUCAGUUGAAGUCUUGCGGACUGCAGAUAUGGCUGAAGAAAUUGCUUCACCACCUCUAACACCAAUAUCCUUACCUUUAGACCAGAUACAAUCUGGUGGCUUAGAGAUUGUGAAUCAAACUGUUCAAAGUGGACGUAAUAUCAGAGCCUCGUAGUCUUUUAUCCGUUUAAUGGUCACCUGACGCGGAUGCAUAUAUUCGUAUGGUCAAGGUGAGCUUCAGUUUAUUGUGAUAUUAGAUUAUUUUAGUUCUCUUUUCCUGUUUUUUUUUUUUUCAGUCGUUGUUGGGUUGUACCCUCCAACUAUCUGAAAUGUGGAAGGGAGAAUUACAUAAAUAUAUGGAUCAUAUGUUGUUAAAUACCCAGAAUGCAGAGCUAGAUUAUUGGGACUUCUUUAUGUAACGUCUUGGAGGGUGUCAAAGUACUGUACUCUGAUGGUGGGCUGUGUCUACAAAUCAUCAGAAAUUAUAGAGAUCAAAUUAGUAAUUUGUCAUAGCAAGCUCUCAGAGUUAUGUACUUUUAUAGAAUAACAAAGUCAUUUUUGUAUAUUCACCCUUCUGUAACGAGCAGCGAUUUGUUAACCAUGCA